AUAUCUUGUCAUUUCACAUUAUCGACCGUCAUCUUCUCCAUGUACAACAUAGUCAACGUCGUGGCGCAGGUUGAUUCGCUCCACUCACUGACGCUCACGGACGUCGAACUUGACCCCAUUCGCAGUGUUAGGAAGAAUUACGCGUUCGAACGUCCAAACUUUAGUUCGAUUAUCUUCGAGGACGUCGGAGUCAAGGUUCUGAAUGACUUCUUCCGCCUGUCUAAAGAAAAUUACUUCGAGUUCAUCGCGAUCGUUCGUAGUCAGGUUGACUCACUGAGAAGGAUGGCACCAUCACACAGUCUUUUGCUAAAGGACCUCAUUGGAGAAGACUGAGGGCAAUCGCGACAUGAGGUAGUUGUACGAGUUACCGAGAACGUUAUAAACAGAGCCCAAGUAGUAGCCAAACGCAGCUAAUAAGUAUUAUUUGCAAGCCACAAUAAAAGUACUAAAGGAAAGACAGGGAACUCACUAUU